AUGAAGCAAUCAUCCUCACCAGAGCUUUCCACUUCUUCAGGAAGCCAGGCACGAACAGAAUAUACGAUCGUUUCUAGUACGCAGCGGUCGAUUACAAACACGGAAUUUUCGCUAGGUCCUUCAUAUGCCACUACCUUACCGGAUCACAGUGGUAUAGACGUUGCCGAGCCGAAAGAUGCAUUGGCAGCCCUGUUCGCUUCUACCAUCUUCCCAGAUCCGUUCAAAUUUGAAGAUCAGAUUACUAUACAGGAUGCGUAUCUGGCUUGGAGAUCUUUACGUGAUAGUGUCGAGCAGGCAUACAGAAGAGAUUUAUCUGAAGUCCCCUUCGGACAGGCAAAGGACCUAGCAAUGCUGACAUUGGGAGUUUAUGCGGCAAGACUCCAACACUACAAUAUGCUAGGUUUUCAAGUCUCGCCUGAGCUGUCUCUGAUCUUAGCAGCACACCUUCAGGGCAUGGAGCUGAUGACGGAGAACCCCGACGAUCCCGUACAAUCGUUCAAGGCGGUGCGCGCAGUCGUAACGAUCUUUGAAUUGCAAUGGGAAAAAGCAGACUUUGCGCUUGUUCACCAGCGCCCUCGUGAACAAAGGAUCUACCUGGAGGCUGUAGAGUCUCCGGCAAACAGUGAGGGCGCUUCGGAACUUGGAAAUACUCUCGCAACCUCAUAUGUUAUGAAUCAGACGACACUGAAUUUGUGGGUUAACACUGAUGGUGCCGAUGCAACUUCGACAAAUUUCGGUCGAAGCCUCUUGAGCGGCAAUCAGGAUGAACGGAGCGCCACACAGCAAUCUCUUAGGGAUCAUUUCGAUAUGAUGGGUGGCUUUGUAGAGCAGACUGCUGGAAGUCUCAAGUCUUCUGUAGCCGCCGACUCUUUCACGAAACUGCAAGCAAGUGGUUCAAUCGCACACGAAGGAAACGUCAAGCCCUUGCUGCUCGGCGAUAUGAUCAACGAUCCCAGACCUCCAAAACGCGGAAAUAUGUCUUACCCGCUAUCACGUGCUCACGCUACCAUACAUGAAGCAGUAUACACACAGAAUCGCAGGGAGUUUCAACUCCCAGUGUCCUAUGAACAUUGGAGACGAUUGAGGAAAUCGACAGAAUCCCGUUUUUUUGACUAUCGAUAUGGAUACCAAUAUCUGAGUAUGGUGGUGGAUCGGUGUAGGGUAUAUCUGAACACUCUCGAGUGGCACCAGAACUACAGACUGGUCAAAGAGCCGCAGUAUCAUGUUAUUGUUAAGCGAAACGUCGUGUGUAUUUUGCACAUGGCUGUAAAUCUGAGGAACAAAGAGGAUCAUAGUUGCGAGUGCAGAGUUUUCAAUCAGGAUCACAAAGUGAAUGGAACUACAUACUAUUCCUUCGGCAGCAUCAGCAGGACUUUCCAGGCUUUAGGCGAUUUAGAAAUCAUACUGGAGAAGCUAUACGAAGCCAACCGCGGUCGUCUUACGAACCGCUCGCAAGCCAAACUUUCGGCCUACCACACUCCAUAUUACGAAUCCACUGCAAUCGCAGUGAGGAGGGCAGAACGAUCUCACCUCAUGGUCUGUGUGUUUACGGAAGGUGCCGGACACUCCGUUCGUCGAGUGUACGAGAAGGUACCUGCGCUCAGCAAGACUCAAUCCCAUGAUCUCUUCGUCAAACCGCUCUAG